AUGCAAAGUCUACGAAACUCUAUCUUGAGAUACGUGAGUGUUCGGGUCUCGAUGAAAGAUUGGUUCCUUGCUAAAAAUGGGAACCCACUCAACGGAGCCUACCAGCAACUGCCAAUAUGCAGCAUGUCCAAUGGUACUAACUAUGAUCAGAUAAUGGAUAGAGUGAUAGGGAUGGUCAAGAGAUCCAACAGCAUUGAUGCCACUAAGGUUACUGAAACAGCUGAUUUCCAGAAGGACUUGUCCCUCGACAGCUUGGACAGGGUAGAACUUGUCAUGGCUUUUGAGCAAGAAUUCUCCAUUGAGAUCCCCGAUGAGAAAGCUGAUAGACUUAAAUGCUGUGCUGAUGUUACUAAAUAUAUCAUUUCUGAAGCUGAUCAGAAAAUUGCAGAGAAGUCCUGA